AUAAAAUUGAUGAUAAUCUCUCAACAUUAAUAAAUCCCUAAACUCAUGAGUUUCUUCGUAAACUCCGCUAACAUAAAAAACGACCAGACAAACAACACUAUACGAUCUUCUAAUUAAAUGCAUGCCUUCCUCCACUUCCAACACCACCGUCCUCUCGUUCUUCGACUGAGAUUCAGUCCCGCGAUUUAUUCCCCUGUUUCAUUUCCAUCCAAUUUCGGCAAUUCCAAUUCGAUUUCCACAAUGAGCUCAUUGUCCUCUUCACUCGUGCUUCCUUCUUCGGUUUCUCUCAGCAAGCAGCACCAGAUACUCCCUUUUGGGUCUCCGGAAUUUCUCAAGAAUUCUUCCGGUUUUCUGGGAUUCAAGAAUGGGGCCCGAGGUUUUAGCCUCAAGGGUUUGGACAAAUCGAGGGUUUCCAUGAGCGUUGCUGCUGUGGGAUCUCAAACUAUUGCCAGUGAUGCCUUGUUUCAAGACUAUAAACCCAGCUGUGCUUUCCUAUUCCCCGGUCAGGGUGCACAAGCUGUUGGUAUGGGUGCUGAGGCUCAGAAGGUGCCUGCAGCUGCAGAACUAUACAAGAAAGCUAAUGAAAUAUUGGGGUUUGACCUUCUGGAUGUUUGUCUCAAUGGUCCAAAAGAAAAGUUAGAUUCCACGGUUCUCAGCCAGCCAGCUAUAUAUGUCACAAGCUUAGCUGCAGUGGAGGUUCUCCGAGCUCGUGAUGGAGGUCAGCAAAUUAUUGAUUCUGUGGAUGUUACCUGUGGUCUAAGUUUGGGAGAGUACACUGCCCUGGCAUUUGCCGGAGCUUUCAGCUUCGAAGAUGGGCUUAAACUUGUCAAGCUUAGGGGUGAAGCAAUGCAGGAUGCUGCAGAUGCUGCUCAAAGUGCCAUGGUCAGUAUCAUAGGACUGGAUUCAGACAAGGUGCAACUUCUAUGUGAUGCUGCCAAUGAAGAAGUUGAUGAAGCAAACAAAGUGCAAAUUGCGAAUUUCUUAUGUCCUGGAAACUAUGCAGUUUCUGGAGGUCUCAAAGGUAUAGAAGCUGUUGAAGCCAAAGCAAAGUCUUUCAAAGCUCGAAUGUCGGUGAGGCUAGCUGUUGCUGGAGCUUUCCACACUAGUUUCAUGGAACCGGCUGUGUCAAGAUUGGAAGCUGCUUUAGCAGCAACAGAAAUCAGAACGCCGAGGAUACCUGUUAUAUCCAAUGUAGAUGCGCAGCCACAUGCAGAUACUGAGACAAUUAAGCAAAUAUUGGCCCGUCAGGUUACUUCUCCUGUUCAAUGGGAAACUACGGUGAAGACCCUCCUCUCCAAAGGAUUGAAAAAGAGUUAUGAAUUAGGACCCGGAAAGGUCAUAGCUGGCAUUGUAAAGAGAAUGGACAAAGGUGCUGAGCUUGAAAAUAUCGGUGCUUAAUACAAAAUCUGGGUGAUCUGAUCAUUUAGCAGCAGACGCCAAUCACAUCCUCGUCAUAUACUUUUUGACAUUAAUAGCGAUGUUCUAGAGAUAUCCUCCUGGACUGGGUUUCGGCUUCAUUCUUGUAAUCAAAUUGAAUGACUAAUGAGUAUUGGGCUAUUGUAAACUUCAAUUUUGUUUAUCAAAGAUUUCUCUGUAAUUUGUGUUUGGUUCAAAACCUGUUUUUGUUGCAUAGCAGUACUAGUUCUUCAUGUUCCAAGCGAUGUUUAGUCUCAGGCUAGUCCCUAAAGUUUGACCCCAAUGUAGAAUCUCUCCCACUAUCUCAGAAUUGGUUAAUACAGUUCCAAAGGAUGGAACUCGCAUAUAGUAAAUAAUAAGAUGACUUAAAUAAUCAGAGUUGAGAACAUAAGAACAAAAUGAAAUGUUUUCCUUGGCUAAAAUGGCAAGGAAUGUGUUUCAAACCACAAAUAAUGCAUACAAAACUUUGGUAAAUGACUGAAGUUGAAAGGCAAAUGAUAUUUCAUUCUUGAGCUGUGGAUGGCCGUCUAAUUCUUCGAAGCUGAUCAAUCCACUGAUCUUCGGGAAUCCGAUCCACCCAAUCCGGCGGCAAUCCACCGAAUGAAACCCCACGCAUGGCUUCCAUAACUCUGACGGCGUUCUCAGGUGGCAAGGGAGCGUUUCGACGGCUAUCAUCCUCUCGGAAUGCUCUCCUUAUUGACUCUUCUUCUCUCACCCUUUCCUCUUCCUCACCGGAAUCUUCGUCUUCUUCUUCAUCAUCGGUCAGAUCCAGGGAAACUCCGUUCUCGACCGGAUGCAGCGAAUAGCCGUUGGGUAGAUCGUGGGGAAAAGGAUGCAGCCGGUGGUCGUGUUCGUUGGCGUCGUCGUCGUCGGGGUUUGAAUCGGGAAAAUUAGAUUCUUCAUCGUCGUCGUCCGCAAUAGCAGAGAUUGGUUGGUAGAACUCAGGUGUGUCCUCGUCGGAAUCGCUGCCGAAACCGCCCGCGUUUUCAGGGAUGAACUCGUUAGCAGAGUUGCUCGCAGCAUUCAUCCUGAAGAAGCAGAAGUAAACUAGUAAUCGAAACACGGAUUGGGAAAACGCUAUUAAAACGUAGAAGAGAACUCCACAUUGCUGCUCUAUUUAUUUUGGCAACAAUUGGGCAUCAAAAAGAAAGAAAACUGGAGGGGCACAAAAUAAAAAGUAAAUGGAA